CGGGCCGUCAGCCACGUGCGCCCGGGGUCAACCUGCCGCGGGCGGGCAGACAGCUGCCUCCCGCACCGGUGCGCAUGCGCGCUCGCCCUCGCUGCGGGUGCGGCUCUGCGGCGGCCAGGAUUCGCGGCUGACUCUCGGCCUGCAACGGCUAGGCGAGGUCUGUGAAGGCUCUUCGGGCAGUCGUCGCAGUCUCAGGCCUUAGCGGGGAGCUACACCUACCGGCCUCCCGCCUUCUUUUUCGCCCCAGCUUACGGAAAGCCUUGGGGUAGGGGGAAGGACAACUCCCCAGUGGGGAGUUGAGGGACCUGGGGGCUGGGAAGGCCCCUACCCGGGCAGUGUGGGCAGGAGGCGAAGGAGGUUGUUAACUCGAGGGUACAAUGUCAGAACAAGAGCGUAUACAGGACUGUCUGAGGAAAGAAAUAAGGUCACUUCUUAUUUCCACUAAAGAUGGUUUGACCCCACACCAGUUGGAAAAGGAGUACCUUUUGAUGGUUGGCAACCGUCUACCACUCCGAAUCCUCGGGUACCGGUCCACCAUGGAGCUGGUGUUGGACAUGCCUGAUGUGGUUAGUGUCUGCCCCUGUGGGGAUGGUAGUGUAAUACUGAAAGCCAUUCCAGAUGAAUCCACCAAAGGAAUAGCAAGUUUAGUCGCAAAGCAGAGGAGUAGCCAUAAGGUGCAAAACUCCACGCAGAAGGGAAGGGCCAGUGUUUGCUCUGGGACAAGUUCUCGUCGAGUGCCUUACCGAGGAAGGGUGCCCCCUAUUCUUCCUGCAGUUGUGAAGAGUGAGUUAAAAGACCUCUUGGCAUUGUCUCCUGUUCUCCUUUCUGAUUUUGAAAAAGCAUUUGCCAAGCGAUUUGGACGAUCGUUUCAGUAUAUGCAAUAUGGAUUCAUCUCUAUGUUUGAAGUGCUGAAUGCAGCUUCAGAUGUUAUUUCUGUAGAGCAGACCAGAGCAGGUUUUUUAUUGAUGCUGAAGAAGAGUAUAUCAGAGGAAAAGCAUAGAGCGUGGCCAGCAGGUGAAAUUUUUACCCAGCCAUUUAGAAUAAAACAACGAGGGUCAUAUUCUACAGGCUGUCCAGUUGCAAAGUCAUAUUUUUCACAACCGACUUCAAACAUGGUACCACCAAAGCAAAUAAUGAACGUGGAGACAACUUCCAUAUUCAGUACAGGAAAGACUUCAAAGCUGAAUCACACUGAAAAAUUAAACCAGUUGGAGAACUCAUUCAAGUCAGUUAUUGCACAAAUUGGACCUGGAGGGACAAUUGAUCCAGAACUAAAACAUAAGAUAAAAUGUGUUGUAUCUAAGUUUCCAGAGGGUUUGUUUAUUUCUAAACUGCUUGGAGAGUUUGAGACAAUUUUUAAAGAGCAACUUUCACCAAAGAACUUGGGCUUCUUAAAUGUGACAGAACUUGUUGGAGCUCUAAGUGACAUUCUUCGUGUUGAGUUUAGGGAAGGAGAACAAGACUUGCUAGUGUUUAUUGCUGAUAUGAAGGCUAUACCACCUGAUGGAGAUGCUUCAUCAAUCAGAAAUUCGUGUUUUGUUCAAUCAGAUAAGAAAAUAGAACCCAAAGCUUAUGUCUCCAGUCCUAGAAAUUCACCAUCUACUGCUGCUGUUAAGGAGACUACGUGGGAUUGCUCUUUGAGAAAACAUAAAGAUCCAGAACCGAAGAUUUGUAAGGAGCCUAAUCUGGUGGAACUAGAGAUAAACAAACCACAUCUCAACUUGUCAGUGGCAAAUCAUGAUAUCCCACCAGAUGCUGUACAAGAAAAGAAAUUAUGCAGACUUCCACCAUUAGAUACCAGUGCCCUCGUGGGGGUCUUUGUGGAGUACAUUAUCUCUCCUAGUCAAUUCUACGUCCGGAUCUAUAGCAGAGAUUCAUCAGAGUUACUGGAAGACAUGAUGAUUGAAAUGCGGCGCUGCUACUCUAACCAGCUGGUUUCUGAGCGAUAUACCAUGCCAGAACAUUUUAUCCAACCGGGACAUCUCUGUUGUGUAAGGAUUUCUGAGGAUAAGUGGUGGUAUCGGGUUGUUAUCCAUCGAGUCCUUGGGAAAAAUGAAGUUGAAGUGUUCUACCCAGACUUUGGAAAUAUUGGAACUGUGCAGAAGUCCUCUCUGAGGUUCCUGAAGUGCUGCUACACAAAGCUUCCAGCUCAGGCUAUCCCUUGUUCUUUGGCUUGGGUAAGACCAGUAAAGGAACACUGGACAUCCAGGGCUAUUUUGCAGUUUCAGAAGUUAUGUGGUUUAAAGCCAUUAGUGGGAGUAGUGGAUGAAUAUAUAGAUGGAAUCCUUAACAUUUUUCUCUGUGAUACAUCUUCAAAUGAAGACAUUUAUUUCCAUCAUGUCUUGAGAACAGAGGGCCAUGCUGUUGUAUGUCGAGAAAAUAUCCCUUCUAAGGGUUUCAGAAACCUAAACCCUUUAGCUUUAUACACUAAAUCCAUUGGAGGGCUGGAUGAUGUCUUGACAGACCUGGGUUAUCUUUCCCAGCACCACUAUUUUAAUGAAGACCGAAAGAUAAGUCCACAGUCUAAAGAGAAUGAAUUACAUACCCUGGAGCCAUUAAAGGAUUCUGAAUUCAGUUCUUUGAAAAUUCAGAAGAAAUGUGAAGAUGAUCCAAAGUGGUCCAUCACAGAGCCAAAGGAUCUGAAGGAAGAAAGUGAGGAUGAGAUCCCCACUGGCAUGCCAUGCCUGGAGUCAGUGACCAUAGGUGAUGAUAUUUGGGAUGAGAAUUGGCUGAAAAUGGAAAAGGAAGGCGAUGCUGUCUCCCAUCUAGUCACCUCAAGUCUUGGUGGAAAGAAACAAUAUUCAUCAUGUGAAGAAAUAGCACGAAAGGAUUGUUGUUUUUCUCCACUCAAAGAUAAAUGGGAUGAUUUACAGCAACCUUCAACCCUUAUGAAUGGAAUGAAAGUAGAAAUUCAAAAACCAGUAGGGCUGAAUGCUCAAGAAAAAAAUACUGGUACAACCAAGAUUGAAAAGGACAUAGAUUUGGAAGAUUCUUUGGAUUCUUCCACAUUGCCCAAAUUGGAAGAGUUUUACAUCUCUUUAAUCCAGUCACAGCAAUCAGCAGAAGGGAGCCAGUUUGAACCUAACAGCAUUCUCACUCAGCCAAAGCAAAUCCAGCUAUCCACAGCAGUAUCCAGUUCAACUCCUACAGUUCUUGACUCCCCCCAAAAAGAGUCUGCUUCUGUGGAAAGCUCUCCAGGGAGCCAAAAGAAUGAAGAUUUUUCCAGCAGUACUAUCCCAGCAUUCAAGGAGAAGAGUCAAGGAUCUAUGGACCAACUGUCUUUUAUUUUGUCUCCAGAGAACAAGAUUUCUCAGAAGCUCUACAUUCCUCGAAGCACAGCCACUGCUGCCUUAGGGGCUGCUGCACGGUUAGCUACAUCCAGGAGCUUCCUGCGUUGGUACCCCCAUGUGAAAAGGAUGGAAGCAUGAGGGAAGGAGGAGGAGUUUAAAGAGUUGUGUUUUGGUAGUUGAUACUUACCUGUCUGUGACUAUAUGUAGCUUUAUUAUGCUCACUGUCCAUUUUGAUGUAUAAGUAUUGAUGUUUAAUGUUAGUUUUUAUUUCUACUAAUGAUUUUAUUUUAUUCUGUAUGACUGUCUCACCUUUUUGAAUGUAGUAGUUUAAGGAAAUUUCUGUUUCUAUAUAUUUUUCUUGUACAUAUCAUGACAUUCAAUGAAAAUUGAAAAACUAUUAUUUAGGAAGUCAAAAAUAUUCUUAAAUACCUAUUUCCAAAAAAGGAUGUGUGAAUUUCAGGGCCAUAUCAUAGAUAAAAUCCACAUCCUAAAGCUUUGGUUAUAGAAAUACUUUUACAUUAAAAAAAAAAAAAAAAGCUCUUAGCUAGGCAUAGUGGUACAUGCCUGUAAUCCCAACAUUUGGGAGGCAGGAGGAUUGCUGUGAGUUCAAGGCCAGAUUGGAAUAGCAAGACUUUGUCUCCCAAAACAUUCUUUCACUAUGAGCAAAUUUCUGAAACAUAGCUGAAGCCAUCUCUAUAGUUAACACAGUUCUCUGGAACCUUAAUGUUUCAAGAGUGGUAUUAUUUAAGCCUUUAUGUAACAUAUUGUCUAAGUUAUACUGUGUGAAAUGUUAUACGGCAUUCUGUUGAACUCAUACUAUAAGUGAGCUUGAGCCCACGAUUUCGAGGACAACCUGAGCAACAUAGCAAGACCUUGUCUCAAAAAUAUAAAAAUCCAGAUUCACCUGUGAUUCCAGUAUAUCUGUAAGAAUGAUGAUACAUUAAUAGACAAAGACACAACCUGGAAACAAUGUUCAUAAGUUGUCCAAACAUACCAGACUUUUUUUUCGCGUUACUGGGGAUUGAACUCAGGGCCUCAUGUAUGUUAGGCCAAGUGCUCUUCCACUGAGCCACAGCCCCAGCCCUAUAUCAGACAUCUUUAUUGGAGAGUUUCAUAAAGUGUCAGUGAAGAGUUAAAUGCUGUAUGUGACACUCAACUUAUAGGAACUUGACAAAGCUCUGGUUUUCAUGUAAGUUUAAAUAAUUACCCAUCAUUUGCUUUUAAAGAGAACAAUUCAUUUUUUAAAUAAUGCUUCAGAAUUACUCCUUCAGUGGAAAAGUUUUAAACUAAGUCUGAGUAAUGUAUUUCUCUUCUCCAGAUUACUAGAGCACUUACUGUAUUUGAAAUAAGAAUCUCGUGGAAGCAGUAUGUCAGAAGGGUUGACAGAAGUACACAUUUAGUAGAUUAAACUGUAACCUCUGUAAUAGAACCCAAGUACCAGGAGGAUCUCUGCCAAAACUGGGUAGCUUUUUUGUAAGUUUGACAGUUGGUUUCAUAACCUGACGGGGACUAAUUUUAUACCUUGCAAGGUAGAAGGGAUUAUGGAAUAACUGUGUUAAGGCUUUGUCAGAAUCCUGGCCUUUUGCAAAUAAAGACCGUGAUUUAGAGCCAUCCCAAACUGAUGAGUUUCACCACCCUUUGAAAGAAGCCUGUUUAGUAAUUUAAUAGCUAACAUCUCAUAUGAGUUAAGAGUGAUGAAUGAACAUUUGAAAGGCUUGUAUAUUUUGACUACUUGUUUGGCUAGGCCAGCCAAUCUAUCAGUCUGUUUACCUACCUUGUCCCUAAAAUGUGGACUUUAUUUGGUGAAUAUCCAAAGCAUCAAAUUUAAUAGAUCAUUUGAAAAUGAAUAAAUAGGUUUGUUAUAUGGGUAAGAAGUGCAAUAAGAAAUGUACAAAAGAUACAUAGAUGAGUUGCAGGUGGGGGGAUAUGCCUGUAAUCCCACCUACGCAGGAGACUGAAACGGGGAUUGCAAGUUUGAGUCCCACCUGAGCAACUCAGUAAGACACGGUCUCAUAAAACAGUGAUAGAGUACCUCUGGGGCUGAUCCCUGGUACCACACACACGAGAUUUUUUUGUCAAAAGAUAGGUUGACAUCCACACUUUGAACAUUUGUGGUGUUAAGGAGCUACCUGCAGUAAUGCAAACCUCACACAUGUAAGAUGCCAGUUGCUCAUUUCAAGGCAUAGGAAUGACUAGAGGUUUCUGGCCUGCAUUCAGCCUAUGUCUAACCUGGUGACUGACAAUUAUCUGAUUUUGGUCUAGGAAGGACCUCAGGUGAGGAAAUAGGAAGCCUAGAAAGACUGACUUACCGGUACUCACACAGCUUGAAUUCCCAUACCUGCUGACUCCUAGCCUAGUGCCCUUUACACAGAAAAUAUUGCACUUCCACCUUGUUUAACUGAAGACAAACAUUUGGUAGAGCAGUCCAAAGGAAUGGUGGUUUUGAUAGCUGAAAAAUACUCUUGGUGUUGGUGGGGAAGGGGACUAAUUUACAAAGAUCUGAUAUUCUUGAACAGUUUAAUGAUAAAUUCUACAGCCAAAUAAUAAGAAAAAGAGGCAUCAUAAGAAAUGAGAAACCAGUAUCUUACAGAUAAAUCUUUCUGAAGCUUCCUAUAACAUUAUAGUAUAUAAGGCUUUUCUAACAUUUUAACCAUAUUUUCAGACUCAUAUGGUGACAAUGGCUAGCCUUCACAAUAUUCAUAAUUGUGUAGGAGCCAUCACUAGACAUUGAAUAUACUUUUAUUUCCUACAUCCCAUCCCCUCUAUUCCCGAAAUCUUGACUUUUUCCAAGAAAGCAACCAAAGUACAAAAAAGAGCAACUGCAUCAACAAAGUCUGUCCGUGUACUUUGAGUUUAGCCCCAUUCCCAACAAGUAGAUGUCUUAUUUAGUUACCAGUGUUUUGGAUCAUUGGCCUACUGGAACCAGAAUCCAUUAAAUGCUACCUUAAAAAGGUAACUUAAAAAGUUAUGUACACAGAAAAUGUUAACUGUUUCGAAAAGGACUUUUAUAAUACUUAAUUGUACCACUUUUUAUGCAAAAUCGAGCAUUUAGCCAUAUGACAAAACUGAGUAGAGAAUGUAUUCAUAGCUAAACUUUUUGGGGUUAUAUAGUUUUGAGUAAAUACUUAAAAAUGUAUAGUCAUAAGCUCUUUUAUGUUUCUGUUAAAUAUUUUUAAUUUAUGAAAAAAUGAGUAUAGGAAUGUUAACUUGGUUAUUUCUUCUUGGUGCAAUGUAGAUAAAUUAUUUGAUGAGGAAA